CCCGUCCAGCACGCGUCUUCUCCGAUCGCCGCCGCCGAAACCCUACACAGCCCAUCCGCCAUGGCCGAUCCGCCGUCCGCAGCCACCACCGCAUCGCAGCAGCCCGACCAGUUCGCUGCCUCUGUCCUCAACCAGCACCAGCAGAACCCCAACCGCCAAUUCUCCCCCCAAAUCCCCCUGUCCCCUGCCGUAUCCGACCCGGCGUCGGCUGCUGCGGGGGGCAGAUCCAUGGACCUCCAGCCGCGGUUGCAGGCGCCUUCUCCCCCGCAGGCGGCGGAAGGCUCCGGAGGCUUGAGCGCGAUGCACCGCUCGGGCCCGGCCUCCCGGGCCCCUGCCGUCGGCCAGCCUCCACGGUACGCGGCAGCCGGCGCGACGUACGGCGCGCAGGUGAGCUUCCCGGCCGGCGUAGCGCAGGCCAUGCUUGGCGCGCAGGGGCAGCCGAGGACGCUGCAAGGGCAGGAUAACAGGGCGCGGUACGGGCUCCAGUUCCAGCCACCGAUGAUGGCGCAGCCAGGGCAGAGGGGCCUAGUACAAGGCACACAAUUCAGUGCCGCCACUGCACAAGCCAUGGGAGGUAUUACCGGGAUGAACCAGAUGAGGACUAACCCGUAUGGCGCUCAAGCUCAGCAGCGUUUCGCCCAAAUGAGGCCACAGCAGCCAUCAUCACAAAAUGGAGCUAUGGUGCAGAUGUUGCCAACGCAGCAGGCGCAAUCGUCGAUGGCCUCUCCUCUUUCUCCGCAUCAAAUUCAACAACGUUUUGCGCAGCAAAUGAGGCCACAGCAGCUACCUGCAGGAUCAUCACAAAAUGGACCCAUGGUGCAAAUGUCGCCGACGCAGCAGAUGCAAGCGGCGAUGGCCUCACCUCUUCCUCCGAAUCAACUUCAGCGAGAUCAGAUGAUGCAGCUGGUACAACAACUUCAGCAGAGGGGGCUGAAUAGACAGCAGAUUGCCCAGGCGCUGCAACGGCUCCCCCACCUGAAUGCCCAACACCUGAACCAGCAGCAGCGUCAGCAACAGCAACCAUCUCCAAGGAUGCCAGCACCUGCCUCCCAGCCGAUGACACCUUCCUCAGGCGGAACCAUGGCCGCUGGUGCGGCAAAUGCUCUCCAUAGAGGACCACCUGGAGGAAAUGUCAGCCAGCUUCUUGGGAAGAGAAAGGUACAGGAUUUGGUUGCGCAGGUGGAUCCGCUCUGCGAGGUCGAUCCGGAGGUGGAGGAUCUGAUUCUGGAGAUCGCCGAUGACUUCAUUAGCUCCGCGGUCGCGUUCGCGUGCAGGCUCGCAAAGCACAGGAAAUCGUCGGUCGUGGAAGCUAAGGAUGUGCUGCUGCACCUCCAGAAGAAUUGUCACCUGUCUGUUCCUGGUUUCUCACAGGAGAGGAAGUGAAUCUGCUGAGAAAUUCAAUGUAGGUGUGGGUAGAAAUGUGGCAUUUACUUUGAGAAUUCUAGAAUCGUGUUAGAGUCAGAUAGAUGGAUAUACCAUUAUAGCUAAAUUGCAGGAAAAAAGAUAGAUUGAUAUAGCCCCUAUUAGUCGUUGCAUAUGUUCGUGCUUACAUGAAGCACAUUCAGUGUGUAUAUCCGCGUGUGAUAUAUUUGUAUACACCCAAAGAAAAUUGGCCGUUCACACAUUCCAUGGCUCUUCUUCACCGGGUAAAUGCUUUGUUCUCUCAUCUCUAUCUAAUGAUCUUGUAUGA